AUGUCCAGUCCUGUACCCUUCUUCUACAGAAACCCACCAGAUGAUGUAUAUUCUUUCAAUUUUAACAUUGCUUCGGGCUCUUCGAAUCAGGCUGAAAACUUCAGUCUCCAUUACCCUGUUCAGGAGGGAUCCCUGGCCUUUGCGACCGGUCGGACAGCUACUACAUAUCCGCCACAAGGCAUUCCUCCUGAUACAGCCUCGCAAUUUCGUUGGCAUUUCCCAGUGUGUACAGCGUCUCUUCCAGCCUAUACACCAGCUCUCCUUCCUGUUAAUCCAGAGUCAUUCCUGAACCAACUACGGGAUAAUACUCAUUCUGUGGAGAGUCGCCUUCGCCAGUCACAAGGCUAUAUCAUUGAGCACGGCGCGCAGGGAGACUCCAUUCCACCCUUCGAAAAUCCAGUCUUCCCUCUCCAACCUAUACGCCAAGACGAAGCCAGACAGACUGCCGGUAACCUGCUACCAGUUCGAAAUGCCCACCUCGUGUGCAAGUGGGAGGGAUGUACCUACAAAAAACCGUUCAAUCGAAAGGCGGACCUGUCACGUCAUGUCGAGUCGAUGCAUAUUGCUCCCCGCUCAUACUGCUGCCUAGCUGAGGGGUGCUAUAGACUUUUCAGCAGGAAGGACAAACGCGAUGCGCAUAUGCUGGAACGCCACUUGGUUUCAGGAUUGGAAAGGCAGCCGGAUGUGUAG